AUGGCAGUGCCAAAGUGAGCAGGGCCUUACUCGCGCGCUCGGCCGCCGAGGCCCCCGUUCCCGCCUCCGCCCCGCCCGGCGCCCCGCCCCGCCGCCGCCAACGCCUCACAGGACCUUCUCAACCGCUUCGGCAGCGGAAACGACGGCAUCUACUUCGCGCAGGGAGAGACCGACGGCCUUCGACCUCACGCGGUGAUCGAACAACAGGUGCACCGCGACGUGUCGCGGGGCGUGACGCAGCUGGCGCUGAGUCUGGACCGCGCGCUGAGCGCCGACGCCGACGCCGCCUCCACCGCCGCCGACGCCCCCGCGCGCGACAACGUGCUCUUCUCGCCGCUGAGCGUGGCCGCCGCGCUCGCGCUCGUCCUGCUGGGCUCCGGAGGGCGCACCUACGAGGAGGUGUCGCAGGUGCUGGGCCUCACGAUGGACGGCGCGCUGACGCCCGAGCGGGACAACGCCAUCCACCAGCACUUCGGGCGGCUCCUGGCGCAGCUGCACCGCCGCGCCGCCGCCACCGACUCCUCCGAGGCGCUGUCGGCGCACGGCGUCUUCGUGCAGGUGGGGCUGCCGCUGCGCGCGCGCUUCCGCAAGGUGGCGCAGCAGGCGUACCACAGCGACGUGCAGCUGGUGGACUUCGUGCGGCGGCCGCUGGACGCGCAGGCGGCCGUCAACGCCUGGGUCAAGCAGCACACGCGCGGCCGCAUCGCCGACAUGCUGGCGCAGCCGCCGCCCGCCGCCACGCGCCUCAUCCUCGCCACGGCGCUCUACUUCAACGGCCAGUGGCAGCACCCGUUCCCCAGGGAGACCACGCAGCGCAGGCCCUUCUACGUGGACGGCGACGCCAGCGGAGAGGUACUCCAAGUGGAGAUGAUGGCCAACUCCGCCGACCUGCACUACGCCGAGGACCCGCAGCUGCGCUGCAAGAUCCUGUGCCUGCCCUACAAGGGCGGCGACGUCGCCAUGUACGUCGUGCUGCCCAACGAGCGCGGCCUGCACGCGCUGAGGGCGCUGGAGGCCAGCCUCACGGUGGAGGCGCUGGAGCGGCUGGUCAACUCCACGCGCCUGGAGCCGGACGUGAUCGUGGUGCUGCCGCGCACCAAGCUCGACUUCAGCGCCGACCUCAGCUCCGCGCUGCAGCGCCUGGGCGUGCACACGCUCUUCGACGCGGGCGCCGCCAACCUCUCGCGGCUGGUGGGCGUGGACGAGGCGGCGGCGGCGGCGGCGGGUGCCACGCAGGCCCGGAAGGCGCCGGCCAGCGACGCCAUGCACUUCCGCGGCCAGCGCGACGCCCACGAGCCGCUCUACGUGGACGAGAUUUUGCAUAAGCAGCCACAGACUUUUUGUGGACGAGAUUCUGCCCAAGUGGCGUCGGCGGCCACGCUGGCGACCGUCUCGCGCGACGGCUCCCACCGCUCCGUGCGCGCCGACCGGCCCUUCAUCUUCUUCAUCCGCCACCAGCCCAGCGGCCUGGUGCUCUUCUGGGGCUCGGUGGUGCGGCCGCGGCCCACGCCCCCCAUCGUCUAG